AUGCCUGCGAAAAGGGCACAGAGCUUGGGAUCUGUUCACCGCUAUGAAGGAGGCUUCGGGCAAUUCCCCGAUCUGACCAUCUGUUUGUCCAAAUUUGCGCGGUCUCCUCCAGGCUGCCCAAAAGAAAACAAAAUGAAGCUGGCUGCGGUGAGAAUAUGCCUCAUCCAGAGCACACUGCCUGCUCAAUGCAACCCCCCCAGUCAAGCCGGGAGUCUGGAGGAUGCAGGGUGUUUUGCCACCAAACAAACAGAGGGCUGA